ACUAUUUGACUGUUUUUAUAUGCCCUAUAAGUACAUAUGAAAAUGUGGGUUCACUGGUGGUUUCAUGUGAUUUUGCACCAAAGCUCCAUAGGAGCCCGUUCAUUGUGGACUCGGGGCGCCCUCUAGCGUCGAUAAAGCGGAAGAUGUUCCUCAGAGGCGGUUCUCCUCACGCUGCUGAGUUUCGUUUUCUCCUCCAAGCUCAGGGCUGAGGGGUCAGUGAGUGGGGCUCAGGACGCUGAAUGAAGAAGGAGAACAUCGCAUUUGCUGGACUUACAUCGGCUCAGCCCCCAGCGUCCUGGCGCUGGAACAGAAAUGGACAGUGUGGACAGAGAAAGUCACUCAAGUAGUGUACCAGCAAGACUCCGCCUAAACUCAGAUAUCAUGUACCUCAAGCUAAUCGAGCCGUUAGGAAAAGGAAGCUUUGGUUCUGUUUUUAAAGUGAAGCACCAGGUGGACUUGAAGACCUACGCUUUGAAGAUUGUGCAGUUUACAGAGCAAGCUGAUCGUGAAGUAAAGGCAUUGGCUAACCUGAACAAUCCAAACGUAGUUCAGUACAUUUGGUCCUUUCCUGCUUCAGACGCUGACGGAUCCUUAACUGCUCUGAAAGGCGGUUAUUCUGAAUCAGCUGAGAGUAACGGCUAUGGAUCGGGAGUGGACUCUAGUGUCAGUUUCAGGUCAAGUGGUCAGGACCCCCAUGGACCCUCACAGAGCAGAUUUCAGGAAGCUCUAGAUAUGUCUCCCAACAAAGACAGGGAUUUAGAUUGGAACUUAAAAAGAUCACAAACGCCUUCUGAAGAUCUGGACCUGUCUGAGUUGCCCAGCGCUGACAGUCAAGAUGGUGAUUUAGAUUGGAACUCAAUGAGAUCACAGACUCCUCCUGAAGAUCCAGAUCUGUCUGAGUCACCAACCACUGACAGCAAAGAGGAUUUAGAUUUGAAGUUAAUAAAGCCGUCCUCACUGGAUCAAAAACCCGUCAUCACAAAAUUCACCAGCGGUCAAACUGAGGACAAUGAAUCAGGAGUUAACUUCACUCUGAAUUCUACACACCUCUGCAUAUUUAUGGAGUUCUGUGAUGGAGGUACACUGACCGCGUGGCUAGAUGGCCGAAACGGCGAGAAACAGCGAAGAACAGAAAAGGAAGCUCUUUCAGUCUUUCAUCAGAUCGUCAGUGGGCUGAAUUAUAUCCAUUCACAAGGCUUCAUUCACAGAGACUUAAAGCCUGAUAAUAUCCUUUUUGGCAAAGAUGACAAAGUGAAGAUUGGAGACUUUGGGCUCGUUACUCUGGUGACUGGCGCAAAUGGAGGCUGUCCGAAGAGGACCGUGUGUGUAGGAACCCCAUCAUACCGGAGUCCUGAACAGGAGAAUCAGAUCGAGUACAACGAAAAAACGGACAUUUUUCCUUUGGGGCUGAUUUGGUUUGAGCUUCUCUGGAAAAUCCCCACUAAGAUGGAGAAAAGCAAGAUGUGGAACGACGUGAGGAAUCGGGUGUUUCCGGACACGUUCUGUAGGAAAUAUAACCUGCAGCUUAUGUGCAUCAACAAAAUGCUCUCCAAAGAGCCAGAAGCCAGGCAAAGUGCCGUGAAGAUUCUCAAAAUCCUUCAAACCUUGUUUCCCUUGGAGAAGAGCUACACGAGCCAUAACAGCAUAUGAAAUAACGUCUGUGUGUGCAAACAGGAGCUUAAUAAAGGUCGCAGUGCUUCAGCUGGGCUGAUCUGGCAUUGAUUUUAAGGUGGUGAUGUUAAGAUAUUUUUUUUUAUUCAUGGAUUUGGAAAGUUGGGAAGUCUAUCUAGAGUCUGUCAGUUUAAGGGGAGCUUGGCCACUUUCUGUUCUUCCUGUUAAUUCAAAUACAUGAUGUAAAAAUGCGAAAGGGCACCGAAGAGCGAGUCCUCAGUGAAUCGGGGAGCUAAAUGGCUUAAAAACAAAAUAUGACAGAGAUCAUAACAUUUAAGCAGGAACAUUUAUUUAAUUUGGAAAGCAGAAGAAUUUAUUUAAUCAAUGUUUUUCAGCAAAUGGGAGAAAACCUAACAGUAUGUUUCCGUUUUUCUACAGCAAACAGCUUUUGGGCUCUAGGGUGCUAACAUUACUGCUACUGAGAGCUGAUUGGUUAACAUUACUGCUACUGGGAGCUGAUUGGUUAACAUUACUGCUACUGAGAGCU